GGAGCGGACCCAGUAUUGUGAGCUAUCACAUAUACCAGCUUUGAAUUACUUCUAACACGAAGAGGACUCGGUUAUCAUGGAGAUGGCUGAGGACUAUGUUAACAGUGGAAGUAACAUGCAACGUCGUGACACUCAGGAUGUCAUAGAUGAAUUUAGUUGUGAACUAUCAAACAUGCGAGGAAAAUGUCUUGAUAUCGGUUCAGGCCCAGGGAACAUUACCAAGGAGUUGUUACUUCCGAUCUUACCACACGAUGCGGAGGUAGUAGGCGUGGAUAUAUCCCAGCCGAUGGUUAAUUACGCCAGUCAGAAAUAUAGUGAUGAGAAACGAUUGUCCUUCGUUGUUUUGGACAUCGAAACAUCGGAAUUGCCAAGUGACCAAGUUGAGCAAUAUGACAAUGCCGUGUCUUUCUAUUGCUUGCAUUGGUGUAACGAUAUAUGGCGCGCCUUAGAGAAUAUUUACAAGUUAUUGCGACCAAAUGGAAAAAUGCUUAUAAUGUUUCUUGGAUAUCAUUCUGGAUUCGAGGCGUACAUACGACUCAAGCAGUAUCCACGAUAUCAAUCUUAUCUCCAGGAUGCAUGCCGUUACGUGCCGUAUUUCCAAAGAAGAAUGUGCAAAGAUGUCAGAGCGAGUCUGCGAAAAAUGCUUGAGGACGUUGGCUUUGAAAUUCUGCACUGCAGCAAAAGAGAGAAAAGUUAUCACUACAGUAAACAAAGUCUAAAAAAUCACGUGUGCGCUGUUAAUCCUUUCAUCAAGCGGCUCCCCGAUGAUAUGAAAGACGAAUUCGUGGACAACUUGUUAAGCGAAAUAAUGAACCAGAAUGUUCUGACCCCGCUUAAAAGCAAAAACAGCCUACAGGAAUACUUAAUAUUGAGAUAUUACCUCUUAAUAGCGUAUGUACAAAAACCGCCAUCAGCUGUUUGA